GAGAGACUGGGGAGUCGGUAAUGGUAUGUGAUGACUGUUUCUGCUCCAAGACCUGGUUGUUUCCCCCACCUGCUUCUAAAGCAGGGGGCAAUUUACAGUACUAAUAGUGGGGCCACCACCGGGGACGGUUGGGCCUACAUCCAUCUCACUUCAGUGAGGGGAUGCUACAGUCUGAUGCAUGUUUGGGGCUUAUGUCCAACAUGAUAAUGUACAUACCAGGUAGCACUGCAGGAGACAGGGUGAGAAGGGCGGGUUUCGCUUACCUCCUUAGAACGCUGGCGUCCGUUCAGGUCUGGACACUGAAUGUUUUACUCGGUCCCCCCAGUGUACCCCUUACAAGUUAAGUUAAACUGGCUCACUGGGCGACUCCCCAGUUACCCCACAAAAUUUUCACAUGCGACCGAUAUUGUCCAUUUCAGUAUAUCCCGAAUGUGUCAUUGCUGUUAUAUGAAUAAAUUGGUAAACGUUGCUUGUGUCUGUUAUCACUGCAAUGAGUCAUGGACUGUUAUUACAGCCAGUUUUUUUGUUUUAUCUAUCAGGCGGAUUCUUUAAUUAAUGAUUAAUUAUGCUUUUGUAAUAUACUAGGUCGAGUAGAAUCAAUUAAGGUUUAACGAUGUCCGAUGAAGGUCUGAUUAUAUUUUACAAUAUUUAAUAUAAUGGAUAUACUUCCGCAAAUUAUGAAAUGUGUGUGCAGAAUUAUUCAUUACUAAUUGAAAUGAAGCUUGUAAAUAUUGGUGUGAAUUCCGGAAACAAUUCUAGAGUUCAAAAUCGAGCAAAAGCUGAAAGUAAAAAUUUGCAGAAUAUAUGUACUUAAUAUUAAUGUCAUCGAAUGUUUACCCGACAUGUCAGGUUUCGUCUUCAUUACGAUUCUCCUUAAACUUGUGCAUCCUGCUGAAGGGGACUGUCACGUAAACAACUGGCCAUUGUCAUGUGGAGCCAAUUUCAAAGUAGGGCCCGAGAAAUGUGAACCAUGCAAAGCCGGUAAAUAUGGGUGUAACUGCUCCCAGGACUGCACCGUCAAUACAUAUGGUUUGAACUGCUACUUCAAGUGUAAUUGUUCUGUGGAUGAACUUUGUGACCCAGCAGUAGGAUGUGUUAGCUUCAACAUCACUUCAACGUACAAAACAUUUACACAACAAACAUCGCUUUCAGCAGCAUCACCACCACCAUCAUCAUCAUCAUCAUCAGAUGCUCAAGAUACGACACCAGUGCUGAAGAAUAGUGCAGCGCCAUUAACGGUGUUCAACGUUGUUAUUAUUGCCUUGGCAGCCUCAUUGGUUUUAGUGGUUACGCUGAGCAUUUCCUGCAUAGUUAUUGUAGUAAGACGAAACUCGAAAAGGGGGACAAAAACAGCUACGAAAACAAAGAACAGCGAGGAGAUGUCUGAGACCGCGGAACAAAAUCCAGAUUUCCAUUCGUACCUUACCAUCAGCGAAAGAUCCUUUCGUCUGUAUGCCGAUGUUCACUAUGACGAAGCGGAGGAAAGGAAGAGCUUAACAUCAGUAUCACUACACAGUAAGGGAUACGAUACCAGCGUCAGUGAUAAAAGUGGAGGAUCCGAUGAUUAUUUAACACCGACUGUAAAGACUGCCAAAAAAGAUGCAACCAGUAGUCAGUCAUCUGGCGAUUAUGACGAUACCAUUACAAAAUGUUCAGAAACCUGUAUCUGAUGAUUAAAUAAAGAUUGCAAUCAAAGAAAA